AUGGUAAACAAACACGAAACAUCAUUAAAUCUUAUCGACGAGGUAUUUUAUCACGAGAAGAUUGCCAUGACGAGCAAAAAGAAAAAAAAUGAAGGAAAUUCCGAACCCUUUGGAUCGUCUCAGGUACUUUGAUCCACAGUCGAUUAAAAACACGCUGUCUACGUGGCGAAACCGAUUUCCUCCCGACGGUGUCCCGAUUUUUAACUCGAGAGAACUCGUGCCUGUACUUCGCUCGAACUUUCACACGUCCGAGGGAAGAAGAAAGAAAGAAAGAAAGAAAGAAGUCUAUCAGAAGUCCCAGAGGAGAGAAAACGUUGUUUGAAGGGAGGGGGGAAAACGUUGUUGGAUUUUUCGAUGUAAGAAACCGCGCGUGCGGUUGUGUGCGAGUCGGCAAGGAUUACCGUCGGCCUUUUUCAUCUCUCUGAUAUCGGAACUCGCACCUACGAUUAUCCGGCUAUACACGGUUCCUUGUCAACACUCGAUCUCUACCGGUGCUCUGAAUAGCGCAUUUGUUACACCAGGUCAGUUAAGAUAAUUUUAUUUCGUCCGUUCGAUGCCUCUGUGCUACAUGCAUCGACAUAUGUAGCUACACGUGUAACUCAACAAGCCGCGCGUGUCCUAUCGUCUUUAUUUAUUUUCCAUUCUGAUAUACAGAUUUCCUGUUUGCUGUUUUUUCCAUCUAAUCUCGCGCCCGUGAUCCGCGUUGCAAUUGUCACAGUGAUCGUGACGAGCAGUUUGUGA